UUCCAGGCGCACCGUAACAGAAACAGAGCGCUUCCGGUCAGAGGCGUAUUUAUGUUUUUUAAAGAGCUGCAGUUCAGCUCCGACGUUAGUCUAUGCUGAAGAGACACUCUGAACCUAACUCCAAUAUCUUCGUCUGAAGGAUUUGUUCUCAGUGGCACAAUGGAGAACCGCUGUGGUCUGCUAACCAACACAAAGGAGCCAGUUCCUUUGAAGAGCAUUGAAGUGCAGCUGGAGGUGAAAGACCAUGUGGCUACAGUUGUUUCUACUCUGAACUAUGAGAACAAGGAGGAUAAACCAAUAGAGGCUGUGUUUGUCUUCCCUCUGCCUGGAGAUGCUGCUGUGUGUCAUUUCAGUGCUCAGGUUGGAAAAACACAAAUUGUAGCCAAGGUUAAGGAGAAACAGGAGGCUAAGGAGGAGUAUGAUGAUGCUCUGAGCUCCGGGCAGCAGGCCUUCCUGUUGGAGGAGAGUGAGGAGAGUCCAGAUAUCUUCUCUCUGAAGGUUGGCAGUCUGCCUCCAGGAGAGAGCGCCUCCAUCAGGCUGGAAUAUGUCACUGAGUUAGCUGUGCAGGCUGAUGAUGGGCUGAGGUUCUGUCUGCCUGCUGUACUCAACCCUCGAUACCAGCCACAGGGUAGUGAAAGUCCCAGUGUCCAGGUGACCUCAGUUCCAGCCUCUCUGGUUCCCUACAGUCUGUCCUUUUCUGUCCAAGUGUCCUCUCCUCAUGCAAUAUCUAAAGUAGAGUCCAGUUGUUCCCUGGAACCUCUUCAGUACCUUAACACUGAUCAAACUCAGGCCACGGUCAAGUUGGCUGCAGGACACAAGUUUGACAGAGACAUUGAACUGCUGAUUUAUUACAAAGAUGCCCACCAGCCCACUGCUGUGGUGGAGGCAGGACAGGCUUCUGCCAAACCUGGUUCUCUGAUGGGAGAUCCAGUGGUGAUGGUGAGCUUGUACCCCGAGUUCCCCCAAUCUGUGAUGUCCUCACUCAUCUCAUGUGGAGAGUUUGUGUUCUUGGUUGAUCGAUCUGGAAGCAUGGGUUGUCCCAUGAAUCGAAAAACACCGCAGGAAACUCGCAUUAGCAGCGCAAGGGACACUUUGCUGCUUCUUCUGAAAAGCCUACCCAUGGGGUGCUACUUCAAUAUUUACAGUUUUGGAUCCAGCUUUGAACACAUCUUUCCUAAGAGCGUGGAAUACAAUGAGAUGACUAUGGAGGAGGCUCUGAAGAAGGUUGAAAAGAUGGAGGACGAUCUUGGAGGAACAGAGAUUCUUCAACCUCUCCAACACAUUUAUAGCCAGCCCUGCAUUCCUUCACACCCUCGACAGCUGUUUGUCUUCACUGAUGGAGAGGUGGGAAACACCAAAGAAGUUAUUGACCUUGUUAAGAAGAAUUCAGGCUCCCACAGAUGUUUCUCCUUUGGGAUCGGAGAAGGAGCCAGCUCUGCUCUCAUCAAUGGGAUGGCCAAAGAGGGAGGAGGUCAUGCUCAGUUCAUCACUGGGACUGACAGGAUGCAGCCAAAGGUGAUGCAGUCACUCAAGUUUGCUCUGCAGCCUGCGGUGGGAGAUAUUUCUGUCUCUUGGGAUUUACCAAAGGGAGUGUCGGCCACCAUUCUCUCUCCUCCCAUUACAACAAUCUUUCAGGGUCAGAGGUCACUGAUUUAUGCUCAACUUACAGGACAGAGUUCAAAGACAACAGAGGGCAGUGUGACGGUGAAGUUUAGCUUGGCAGGUCAUCCCUCAAAGAACCAGCUCCACUUCAACCUAAAACCUGCAGAGGACUCUGGGUUAACGGUUCACAGGUUGGCUGCUCGCACCGUGAUUUGUUCCCUGGAGUCAGAAAGGAAACCCAAUGGACAGCAAAAUGAAGAAAUAAAAAAAAAGGUGGUGGAGCUCAGUGUCCAAUCAGGAGUGAGCAGCUCCUUUACUGCCUUCAUUGCUAUAAACAAAGAUAGCCCAGAGUCUGUUCAAGGACCUCUACAGCGCAGAAUUAUCCCAACACCUUUCUAUGGAGCGCCCCGGAUGAAAGGUUUUUCUUCCGCACGUAUGGGUAAGUAAAGCUCUCCUACAGCUUCAUCAUCCAUAGAUCACUGCAAUUGAAAAACAUUAUCAAUAAAUAAUUUAUUGAUAAUGUUUUUUCAAAUUUAUUAAAUAAUCAAUUA